AAUCGAAAAUCGAUUAAUCGGCCGUUGAAAACAUCGAAUGAAAAACAGCGAUGAUCGGGCAUGCAAAAUCGAUGUUUCGAUUAAUCGACUAAUAUCGCGAAUCUCUAGUUCCAUUCUUCCAUUUGAGAUUGUACAAACGACAGCCCUCCAUCUCGGUUCCUUGGUUCCUCGGUUUUUACGACUGAAUUUGUUGACUGAAGUGAUUUUUAUUUUUGGAAAGUGAUUAUUGUGUACGGAUUUUUGUGGGGCAACAAUGGCGGAACGGGAGAUGGGUAAAAUGAAGCUGUCGAAGAGCAUUUUGGAGAUGAAGUUUAUGAAGCGAACGAAGGAAAAAGUUGAACAGCAAUUGUUUCAAACUGAGGGUGAGGAGUAUUUUGAGAGCCAGUUGACGACGAGAUUGAAAAAAGAAUCAGGAAAAUACCUCAUUGAACCAAGUUUCAUGUACUGCGAAAAGCUGAUAGAAGGGCGUUUGAGUUUCCAAGGAAUGAACCCAGAAGUUGAACAGCUUAUAGAAGCUGAGUACAACGAAAAACGCCAGAAGCAGGAGAAACUGAAGGAGGAAGAAAUAUCCGAGACACAAAUGGCGAACCACUACAAGUCGUGUAAUCCCAGGAUGAACAACAAGAAUAGAAACAGGAAGAAACAGUUUUUCUCAGACGAAAACAGAGAGCGACAGAAAUUCAAGAGGACGAAAUUCAUGAAGCCUUCGGACUGAAGAAAGAAAAGCCAAAUGACAUUGCUGUAAAUUUUUUGUACAUAUUCUCAAUAAACUUCGAGUGCGUACGAAUA